AAUCACCGUCUGCCUCCUCGGCAGGGGAGCUGCUCCAGACUCGGGAAGGGAGCGCGGCGACGGCACAUCUCACCUACACCAGCAUGUGAGUCAUUCCCAGGAAUGAGAAAGCCAGUUGCGCCAGUUGCUCCUGGUCGGGGGAAUUUUGACUCUCCGAUCAGGCAUCGCAAAAAAGGCGAUCGGAAGCAAAAAAGCUUACUUCCAGAUAUGAUUUAUUUAACAACUUCUUUGCAAGAAAUACUCCUACGCCUAUUUUAGUUGCAAGAUCCAUUAUGGAGGAGUCUAAGGCACUUUAGAGAUGCAGCUAACAGACAAAUGGAAGGCGACAAUGGUGACAGAAUGUAAAGCUGGUACAGCCCAUGCUGAAUCCUGGAUCUACAGCUACCAGCGCGACGCCUGAAAAGCCUUUCAGCCAAAAGCCUACAGCAACACAAAUAAUGGGGCACAAUUCAUCUUAUGGAAAACUGCCAGAUUAUCACCCGAGCCAAGACAACGUUACUUCACCUAACCACACAGCCGGCCUGCUCGGGAAUUCCACCCACGACGAGUUCACCACCAUCGUUCUGCCUGUGCUUUACCUCGUCAUAUUCCUGGCAAGCAUCUUGCUGAACGGACUCGCCGUGUGGAUUUUCUUCCACAUCAGAAAUAAAACCAGCUUCAUCUUUUACCUCAAAAACAUCGUGGUUGCAGACCUUCUCAUGACGCUGACAUUUCCAUUUAAGAUAAUUCAGGACUCCCAACUGGGACCAUGGCACUUUAACUCCCUUCUAUGCCGAUAUACCACGGUUUUGUUUUAUGCAAACAUGUAUACCACCAUCGUGUUCCUGGGACUCAUCAGCAUCGACCGGUACCUGAAAGUCGUGAAGCCGUUUGGCGACUCCAGGAUGUACAGCAUCACCUUCACCAAGAUCCUGUCCGCCUGCGUGUGGGUCGUCAUGGCUUUCCUGGCUUUACCAAACCUGAUCCUUACGAACGGCUACCCGACAAAGAAAAACAUAGAUGACUGCAUAAAACUGAAGUCGCCCCUGGGAGUAAAAUGGCACACGGCUGUCAUUUAUAUCAAUAGCGGGAGGGACAAUCAGAUCAGCUUUCACUCCUGCCUCAUUCCACCUUAGAGAAGACCCAACAAAAGCAUCCCUUGACAGACUUGCAUAUGAGGAAACUGAGCAAUGACCAUUAAACUGAAAAUGCAGUGUCACAGCACUUUCUGUGCAUAUAUGCACACUUUUCUAUGCUUAAUACAACAUGGACAUGACUGAAGCAUUAAGUUCUUAGUUUAAAGCUAUUUAAAUACAACUUUGCUUUCAACUCUUGGAAGCUACUACUGUGCAUGACAAGCAGGUGAAACUCAUUUUUGGAGGGCAGUUCAGGCAGCACCUUAGGGCUAUUAAUUUACACUGUGACACAGGCAGCCAGGAAAGAAGCGGUGGUAAAGGAGAGCUUCCAAAAAUUGAGGCAAAGAGAGUUGACUGAAAACAGGAAUAACGAAGACCAUCUGCUGCAUGAAAAGGUGCUGACUAAUGACUAAGCUAUUUAAAAGAAGGAAAAAGCAGCUCUGGAGAACGCCCCAGCAGAGCUAGCACCGAUCUGGAAUACCUGAAGUCACUGUAACUACCUCCUGGCAGUCCUGGCGCUGCACGGUCCGUUAAGACCAGCCCGGCCUUGUUCGGAAGAAGGGCAGAGGAAACCACGACCCUCUGCAGCAGCAGCUGUGCAGAUGUUCCUGCACCAGGCUGAACUCGGCUUGUCCUGGCAGCGUCGCCAGGCCACCGGGGCAGCCCGGGCUUUGGUCCCUUUAGGACCUAAUAUUUAAACCGCCAAAUCGAGCAGAUUCUCAGUUAACAAAGAUUGCACAGCGUCAAAUGAACGCACCAAGGUCUUGUCGGAAGACGUUGCAAAGAGAGGUGGGGAGGAAGGAGAACCGCCUCCCUGCCCUGCGCCAGGGCACGCGAUCAGCUCUAGCCAAGAGAGGUUGCCAUGAACUCACAGUAUUUAAAACAGCAGCUCUGGUAAGCUAUUUAUCUGCACUUCAGGAUGUCCAACAGAAACAGCCAGAGCUCCACACGUUAAAGGCCACACACGUUAUCUUACAGCUGUAAAACUUCUUUCGUUUGCUCCGUGCAACCUUUCGACAUAUUGUCAGCACGACUGGAAAAAAUCAGCGUGGAGAAUAUUUUUGGCUACUCAAGGCUGAAAGGAUGUCUUUGUAUUUAAUCCAGUAAGCCGUAUAGUAUUUAUGUGAAUCAUUUUAUCCUGUAUUUCACUGGGGAUUAAGUCAGAUUUGUUUAGAGUUAAAAGCGGCUCAUGCAAAAAAUAAACAGCCGAUCUAAACAAAGAGUGUAGACUGUAAGGGGCUGACGGGUGUUUUGAGCAAUGGAUGUUGAAAGGUAUCGUAGGCAGUGUAGUUAAACCGAGCAAACAGAAGAUGGCAAUAGUCCAUCACCACUUGCCUUGCUCAUAUAAGGAGUUUCCUUUCAAUAUAGAAAAAAUUAGUUUGCAAAAAAUGUUGGAAAAUGCAGCUUUCAAACUAGAAGAUAAAGCAUUUCAUUAAAACUUCUUGGAUAAAAUUUUCCACAGAAGCAGGGCUUUCUGUUUUGUUUUUGGAACAUUUAGUCAUAUUCUAUUUUAUAUAAAAAUGAAAAAGUUGAAGUGUUAUAAUAUUUGGGUUAAUGUAAGUAUUAUAGCACAAAACUACUUACACUGUUAUGGGGGAGAAAUCCUUUCUGAAAAAGGCAGGGGACAUUUUUCUAGAUAUUUAUCCUACUUGAAAAUAUUUUGAACAGCCAGCGUUCCUCAAAAUAAACCCUCUUUUGCAAGCA